AUGUCAGUAUCCAUUCAUAAUUGGACAAAACAAUUUGGUCGUAUAUAUGGUUAUUUUGAAGGUCAUACACCCAUACUUGUAGUAUCAGAUUCAAAAAUUAUAAAUGAAAUAUUUACAAAAAAAAAUUUUUCAAAAUUUCAUUCACGUCGUCAAUUUCCAUUAGAAGAUCGUCGUACAGAAACUGGUGUUCAUCUAUUCAGUGCUACCGGUGAUGAAUGGCGACGACAACGAGCUAUAUUUAAUCCAACAUUUUCAUUAACUAAAAUCAAAAAUAUGCUACCAACUAUUGAAGAUUGUACUGCGACUUUAUUGAAUAAAUUACAAGAAUCUAUGCAGACAUCACCUCAAGGUUUUGAUAUUUAUAAAUUAUAUAAAUGUCUUACAAUGGAUCUUAUUUGGAGAUGUUGUUUCAAUAUGAAAACCGAUAUGCAAAAUAAUUUAAAUAAUCCAUAUUUAAUACGAUCUCAACAAGUAUUUGCUAGACAAAAUUCAACAUAUUUAGCUACAUUAUUAAGUAUUUUUAUACCAGAACAACAAUCUACAUGGUUAGCCAUGCAUUGCUGGUUGAAUAAUAUCAAAGCUAAAUUACGUCAUUUAUUACCAAUAGGUAAAAAUUUAAUUGAAGAAGAUCCAAGCGAAUGGCUCAAAAACAAUGUUGAUGAUUUUAUUGACAAAGCAAAAACUAGUCAUAAUGAAAAUAGUAUUAAGUCAAAUGAUUUAUUACGCUUAAUGCUUGAUGCAACGAAAACAAAUUUUACGGAUAUUAACCAGCAAAGUCACCAUGACCGUGUUUUAUCAAUUAAUGAAAUAAAACAAAAUAUUUAUUUGUUUAUGACUGCUGGUUAUGAAACAGCUAGUACAACUCUUGCUUAUAUUACUCAUGUAUUAGCUACACAUCCUGCAGAACAAAGAAAAUUACAAAAUCAUAUUGAUUCUUAUUUAAAUAAUGACGAUAUUCUUGAUCUUAAUAUUAUUGAGAAAAUGGAAUAUCUUGAUCAAUUUAUUAAAGAAACAUUACGUAUGUAUCCAAUAACACCAAUUGUUAUCAAUAGAGAAUGUUCAGAACAAAUUAAUAUACCUCGUUUGGGUCUUAUUUGUCCAGGUACUAAAAUUACAGUCGAUAUGUAUAGUUUACAUUAUGAUAAUGAGUUAUGGGGACCAGUUGAUACAAAAAUAUUCUAUCCGGAAAGAUUUGCAAGUAAACCAUCACAUCCAGCUGAAUGGAUUCCAUUCGGUAUUGGACCUCGAAAAUGUGUUGGUAUGAAAUUUGCACUUACGGAAAUAAAAAUUAUAAUAAUACGUCUACUACAAAAGUAUACAGUAUUACCAAUGUCAAUGAAUGAUACUGAUUUAGAACUUGUUGAAUUAGUAACAAUUACACCAAAACAAGUAUCAGUAAAAUUAGAAAAACGAACAAAUAUAUAA